GCUGCUCCGCCCCUUGUCCCCGGUUCACGUGAUCGUGCUAGGGGAGAAAACGCCUGACCCCAGCCCCCGGCCUUAUCCAGGCCACCCUUUUCCUCCUGCGGUUCAUCCGCCUUUUGCCCUUCAGACACCUGCGCGUCCCUCUCUACUCGGUCCCGGGGCCCCUCCCCCGGAGCCCUGUCCGCCAUGUGGCUCCUGCCUCUGGCCCCAAGUGGGCCCCGGCGGAACAGCCCCUGUCACCUGCCUUCCUGCAGCCCGGCGCUGCUGCUGCUGCUGGGGAGCUGCCUGAGGGUCUGUGGGGUGGCGGCGGGCUCUCGGAGGCCCAAUGUGGUGCUGCUCCUCACCGACGACCAGGAUGAAGUGCUCGGCGGCAUGACACCACUAAAGAAAACCAAGGCUCUCAUUGGAGAAAUGGGGAUGACUUUCUCCAGUGCUUAUGUGCCAAGUGCUCUUUGCUGCCCGAGCAGAGCCAGUAUCUUGACAGGGAAGUACCCACAUAAUCAUCACGUUGUUAACAACACUUUAGAGGGAAACUGCAGUAGUAAGUCUUGGCAGAAGAUCCAAGAACCAAAUACUUUCCCAGCAAUUCUCAGAUCGAUGUGUGGUUAUCAGACCUUUUUCGCAGGGAAAUACUUAAAUGAGUAUGGAGCCCCAGAUGCCGGUGGACUAGAACAUGUUCCUCUAGGCUGGAGUUAUUGGUAUGCCUUGGAAAAGAAUUCUAAAUACUAUAAUUACACCCUCUCUAUCAAUGGGAAGGCACGGAAGCAUGGUGAGAACUACAGUGUGGACUACCUGACAGAUGUUCUGGCUAACAUCUCUUUGGGCUUCCUGGACUACAAGUCCAACUCUGAGCCGUUCUUCAUGAUGAUCUCCACACCAGCACCUCAUUCUCCUUGGACAGCUGCACCUCAGUACCAGAAGACCUUCCAGAACGUCUUUGCACCAAGAAAUAAGAACUUCAACAUCCAUGGAACGAAUAAACACUGGUUAAUUAGGCAAGCCAAGACCCCAAUGACUAAUUCUUCAAUACAGUUUUUAGAUAAUGCAUUUCGGAAAAGGUGGCAAACUUUACUGUCAGUUGAUGACCUUGUGGAGAAACUGGUCAAGAGAUUAGAGUUCAAUGGGGAACUUAACAACACGUACAUCUUUUAUACUUCAGACAAUGGCUAUCACACAGGACAGUUUUCUUUGCCAAUAGACAAAAGACAGCUAUAUGAGUUUGAUAUCAAAGUUCCACUCCUGGUUCGAGGACCUGGGAUCAAACCAAAUCAGACAAGCAAGGUAGGUGCCUUUUUGACUCCCACAUCCCCUUUAGCAGAAUAUAACUUUGUGAUCCUUAUCACAAUCUAUAUGCCUCACAGAAACCACUUUUGCUCUUCCUUCCAGAAAGGUGCCGGCAAUCUGACUUGGCGAUCAGAUGUCUUGGUGGAAUAUCAAGGAGAAGGCCGUAAUGUCACCGACCCAACCUGUCCUUCACUGAGUCCUGGAGUAUCUCAAUGUUUCCCAGACUGUGUCUGUGAAGAUGCUUACAAUAACACCUACGCCUGUGUGAGGACCCUGUCGGCGCAGUGGAAUUUACAGUAUUGUGAGUUUGAUGACCAGGAGGUAUUUGUAGAAGUCUAUAACCUGACUGCAGAUCCAGACCAAAUCACAAACAUUGCUAAAAGUAUAGACCCAGAGCUUUUAGGAAAAAUGAACUACCGGCUAAUGAUGUUACAGUCCUGUUCUGGACCAACCUGUCGCACUCCAGGGGUGUUUGACCCUGGGUAAGUUUCCCUUGUCUUCGAUGGCUCUCCCAAGUUGUCUGUAGCAAUCAUGCCAUCCUUGAAGGCAGAGGCAGCCUGAGGGGCCCUUUUGGCUUUGAGCUAAGCGUGUUUCUCAGUGUUCUGCUUUAUGGUAGGAAUCCUGUGUCUGUUGUGCUGACAAAAUAAGUUCUUUGAAACUUUUUGCUCUCUGGUUCCAGUUGGUGCUUUACAUGGAGGCUUAGCCCUGACCCCUGCCGCGUGUGGCUCUUGUCGGCUGCACAGGUGACAGGUGGGGCUUUUUUAGAGUAAGCCGACCAAGUGCUGCCCUGUUCCCUAGCACUUCUGAGACGAUAUGCCUUCGUUCAUUUCUCAGAAACCCCAAUUAGAGAACUGGAAUGCUUCCCAGUAAAUUUAACAUGCUAAACACACAAAAUGAAUUAGAAGGCAUAGACUCUGAAAUGUUGAACUACAUAAAUCCACUGUAGUAUAUGAAGGCAGAGAAGAUUUUCAUCACCUUCUAAGCCAGCUCUGUUCCUACCACUCAUUCCUCUGAAAUAGUAACUUUUCACCAGUGACACUGGGUCUCAGCAUACCAUGAAUUUGAGCUGCCUGUGGUAAGAAACCUGUCAUUUUAUGUUUGAAGAUUCUGAGAUCUAAAGUUGAAUU